AUGUUUGUGAUGGGUGCAAAUCAUGAGAAGAAUGACAAUUCACUCAUGGUUGUCAGCAACGCUUCCUGCACCACCAACUGCUUAGCCUCCCUGGCAAAGGUCAUUCAUGACAACUUCAGGAUUGUGGAAGGACUCAUGACCAUAGUCCAUGCCAUCACUGCCACCCAGAAGACUGUGAAUGGCCCCUCUGGGAAGCUGAGGCGUGAUGGCCCUGAGAUUGCCCAGAACAUCAUCCCUGCAUCCACUGGUGCUGCCAAGUCUGUGGGCAAGGUCAUUCCAGAGCUGAAUGGGAAGCUCACGUGCAUGGCCUUCCAUGUUCUUAACCUCAAUGUGUCUGUCAUGGAUCUGCCAUGCUGCCUGGAAAAAGCUGUCAUGUAUGAGGACGUCGAGAAGGUGGCGAAGCAGGCAUCCGAGGGCCCACUAAAGGGCAUCCUGGACUACACUGAGGUCCGCUGUCUCCUGUGA